AUGCAAAUUCUCUCUCUCCUCCACUUUCUCUCUCUACUCUUCAUCAUUCUUUACUUGGUCUCUUUUCUUAGAUUCUUGAUAAUGGCGGUUUCUUCUUCGUCAACCACCACCUCCGCCACCGCCACCACCUCCGAUUAUGGACAUAAGUCAUACCCAUUCAUCGGCUCUCUUAUUUCUUUUCACCAGAACAGCCACCGUCUCAUCCACUGGUUCACCCACCUCCUCUCCGUCUCACCAUCGCAGACCAUCGUCUUGAAUCGACUUGGCCGGAAAAACCAAAUGAUCGUCACCGCGAACCCUGCUAACGUCGAACAUAUCCUCAAAACUAACUUCGAAAACUACCCAAAAGGCAAACCUUUCACGGACCUCCUCGGAGACUUCCUCGGAAUGGGAAUAUUCAACGUCGACGGCGAGCUAUGGAGCACUCAGAGGAAGUUAGCUAGCCAUGAGUUUAGCACCAAAUCGUUGCGAGAGUUUAUGGAUAGUGUAGUUGAAGAAGUUAUAACGAACCGGCUGAUUCCACUGCUUGAAAACUCCAUUGAAAACGACCACGUGUUGGACAUGCAGGACGUCCUCCGACGGUUGGCUUUCGAUACCAUUUGUAAAAUCUCUCUGGGAUGGGACCCGUGUUGUUUGGAUGACUCACGACCGGUGCCGCCGCUUGCAAUCGCGUUUGAUGUCGCCGCGAGUUCCAGCGCGAUGCGUGGCAUUUCACCGGCGAAUUGGGUCUGGAAAAUGAAGAGGUUGUUGAACGUCGGAAGUGAACGGCGGUUGAAGGCGGCCGUCGGAGUUGUACAUCGUGAAGUGAAUAAGAUAAUCGGAGAUAGACGACGGCAGAUGGACGGAAAUGACAGCCAAAGAGAUUUAUUAUCCCGGUUUAUCUCCGCCGGCCACGGCGACGAGCUGGUGAGGGAUAUGGUGAUAAGCUUUUUAAUGGCGGGAAGAGACACCACUUCGGCGGCGAUGACGUGGCUUCUCUGGCUGCUGACAUGGCACCCCACCGUCGAGAAAGAAGUUCUAGACGAGCUCACCGCCAUAACCACCGAUCAUAAUUACUCGAACAACUUAAACUUUGAAGAUUUAAAGAAAACAGAUUAUUUGAAAGCAUGUUUAUGUGAAUCAAUGCGGCUAUACCCGCCGGUGGUGUGGGACUCAAAACACGCCGGAAAAGAUGACGUGUUGCCGGACGGAACGCCGGUGUACAAGGGAAACAGAGUGAUGUAUUUUCCAUACGGCAUGGGAAGGAUGGAAGCUUUGUGGGGUAAGGAUUGUUUGGAGUUUAGACCGGACCGGUGGUUUAGUGAACCGGGGGUUCUGAAAAUGGAAAGCCCUUAUAAAUUUCCUGUUUUUCAAAGCGGUCCAAGGGUUUGUUUAGGGAAAGAGAUGGCUUUUGUGCAGAUGAAGUAUGUGGUGGCUUCGAUUCUGAGACGGUUCGAGUUGGUUCCGGUUUGUUUGGAUGAACCGGUUUUUGUACCGUUGUUGACGGCUCACAUGAAUGGUGGGUUCAAGGUUAGGGUUCGUAGAAGGAAUUAAUGUGUAUUUAUGAAGACUAAAAGGUGGGUUGUUUUUGCCGUUGGAUGAUUAAUCUUUAAUCAAUCUAACGGUUAUUAUAAAUCGAUAUA